GUCCGGAAGACAAUGGUUUCCACGGCGGAGAAGGCAAAAGAACAGGCCAACAGGGCGUGCACUUGAUAUGUAGGUUUGGUUUUGGUUUCGGUUUCGGUUUGGGCUUUGGGUAUAUCACCACACAUCACAAGUCGAAAUCGAUUGCCGGGCCAGCUAGUUUAGUUAGGCGUCUCUCUGAUAAGAUACGGGAGUACGAGUGGCGAACGCCAGCGGAGAAUUCUGCCAGAAGAAAAGCACAUUCUGGCCCCCGAGCUUGGAGCAACUGUUCCCGCCGGUUAUACAACCACUACCAAUCAACCAAAAAAAAAAUUUCGAAAAAUGUCUGCGCUAGCCAAUGGAGGACAAGAUGAGGAUCUGAAAAUUCUGAGUCAACUGAAGAGCAUCGAGCAGAUCAACGAGCAGCGCCGCAAAUUCCUCAACAGCACGAUCAACGAGGAGGUUACGGAGGACAUGAAUGGUGCCACGAUUCAGGAGGAGGACGUGGAGAAGGAUCUGAAGCAGUUAGAGGAGCUGGAGCCGAAGACAGUUCCCGAGGAGAAGCCGGAGUUGAAGACAGUUCCCGAGGAGAAGCCGGAGUUGAAGACAGUUCCCGAGGAGAAGCCGGAGUUGAAGACAGUUCCCGAGGAGGUGGCGGAGAAAACACCAGAGGCGACCCCAAAAAAGGAGCAGGAGAAGGUGCCCGAAAAGGCGGAGCAGUCCAAGCCCCAGCCACCGAAUACGCUCACCCUAAAUGUUAAAUACGCCACCCUACCGAGUCCCAAUGUGGUGAGCCUGCGAUCCCCGCUCUCGCCGCCACCCAAGCCGCCCAUGCUGGGUCGCACCCGGAGCAUAGGUGCCGGCGAUGGCAAGAGCAAUGGCGCCCUCUCGCCCGACAACUCCCUGAUGCGCCAGAGCUUUCCCGAGGGUGUGCUCUCAUCCAGCAAGGCGGCGAAAACCCCAGUCACUCCCAUUGACGAAGCACCGGCCACCGUUUCCGCCCGCCACUACGAGGGACUCAUCGAGGAGCUGAGGUGUCCCGGUUGUGCCGGCGCCAUGAAGGCACCCAUACUCCUCUGCAAGAGCGGACACAGUGUCUGCGAACAGUGCACCCGCAUUCUGCUCAUGUGCCCACUGUGCAAGGAACCCUUCACCCACUCCCGUUCGCUGACUGUGGAGGCCCUCUGUGCCAAGGCUCACUUUCGGUGCGGACACGCUUCCGGCGGCUGCCAGGUGCGGAUGCCAGUGGUCCUGCUGCCGUGGCACGAACAGCAGUGCAUGUACAAGCCGAUGAAGUGCUUCAUGGGUCGCGUGUGGGGCGACUGCCGCUGGCAGGGACGCGAGGUGCAGUGGAAGGAGCAUCUGGAGGAGAACCACGAUGACCGACUGUUCCGCUCGAGCAGCGCGGAUCUGGAGUGGAAUCUGGCCACGCGGCGGAAACCGCUGACCGGCUACUACGUCUUCCAGGCGCACGACGAGAUGUUCAACUUCUACGAGAUCCACGACCGGCAGCGCAUCCUGUUCACCAUGACCUGCACCUCGAACCGGCGGGACAGCAAGUACAACUACGCCUACGAGGUGACCGUGCUCCAGCCGGACAACGAGGCGCUGUCCAUGACCCAGAAGUUCCCCGUGCACAGCGAGUACGACAAGGACAUCCUCAUGGAGGGCACCUGUGUCAGCAUUCCCAUGACGGAGCUUAAUCGGUUCCUGGACCAGGACAAGCAGGUUCUCCACUACCGCGUGAGUGUGCUGGCGGUCAAGUCACCGCGCCGAGCGAAGCCCCCUAGACAGAGUCUCCCGCAGCCCGUGGACCUGGAGCAGACCCCGAAUGGAGGAGUCAAUGGAAAGAGCGUGCCGACCAGCAUGAUCAUUACGCGCACCUACAAGGAAGCCAUCGGCGAGGUGGCUGCCCAGACCAAGGAGGCGGUGGCCACGCCGGACUUGGAGGAGGAUGCGUCGUCCGUCGGAGGUGGUGGCGAUGGUAGCCUGGAACUCGAGCGCAAGUGGGGCACACCGCAGCUGCACUUCAACCGCAAAUAUCUGCGGAACACUCUGAAUGACUCCACGCCUGCUGAGGAUGAACUGCGUCCCCUGGCUACGGAUUUGCGCAAUGGAAAUGGCGACGACAAGCUCUCCCAGUGCAGCAAUAGUACGAGUUAUACGAAAAAGGUUUCCGAUUCGCUGCGAAGGAGUUUCCGGGCCCUCAAGGCGGACAUUGUGGAGAUGCGGCCGUUCAGCAAGAAGUCAAUCAAGGCAGGAUCCUCCUCUCCCGUCGAAGCCAAUGGCACCUAGUGAUUCCAUGUGCGCUUUCCUUUUUUUUUUGUCUUAAUUAUACAUCAUAUUUAACACUUCGGUCAAAAGCAUGUAAAUAUAGCAAAUGAUUUAAAUCUAUUGAAAUGUAUACCAAAACCAUAAAGAAAUAACUUAUAAUAUAUACAAUAUAAUUUUUAAUAUUUUCGUUAAACCAUUCUAAUAAACGUGCAAAGUAUUCG